AUUUAAUAUGGCCACCAAAAGAAAAUAUUAAAGGAAUAUAGUUGAUAAUUAAAAGCCUGAAGAGAAUGUCAUCAGAGUGACAAAUCGUGUCUAAUCAUCAACCUAUAUUAGAAGAGCUUUGUGGUUAUUAUAAGGUACUCGUAAAGAGGAUCAACCUCCUGUCUUUGAUACAGUCUAUAUUACUGCUAUUGAUAAUGCUAUUACAAAAGCUGUCGUUAUCUCUGAAGUUGUAAGAAGACGAGUGGUCGGCUUAUAUUAAGUUAAUACAAUCAAAUCUGUUGAAAUCAAUGAAGUUUAUGAACCAAUGGAAGAAGGACUUGUGACUGUUAAAGUUACAAGAAAUUUAGCAUCUUUAUAAAUUAAAUUAACAAAGACACCUACUGAGUAAGAUAGAAAAGAACCAGGAUUUCUUGUAAAUAUAUUCAAUUUAGAUUAUAGGAACUUUUACCAUCUGAUCAAAUUCAAACAACAAGACCUGAAAGAUAAAGAUCUCCUAAAGGAGGUAACUGGGGAAAAAGAGAUAAUAGAAAAAAUUACAGUAAUAGAAGAGAUGACAGAAGAGACGACAGAAGAGAUGACAGAAGAGAUGAUAGAAGAGAUGAUAGAAGAGAUGACAGUAAAGAUGAUAGAAGAGAUUACAAAAGAGAUGAUAGAAGAGAUAAUAGAAACAAUAGAAGGGAUGAUAAUAGAAAUGAUAGAAGAGAUGAUAAUAGAGACAGAAGAAAUGGUAGAGGAUAAAGAUAAGAAAAUAGAAUACAUAGGGAUAAUAAUGAUAAUUAAGGUUAAUAAAGAGAAAAUAGAAGAGAUGAUAAUCGAAAUAACAAAGAAGGUGGUUAAUAAAAAACAAGAGGAGAAAACAAAUAACAAUCCUGAUUAUCAUUACAAUAUCA